AUGAUUAUUCGGAGACAGAACAGAAGAUUCACGAUCAUGGCAGCCGGGCCGAAGGGAUCUGGAAAGUCAUCGUUCUUCAACACUCUGAUAGGGAAAGAGAUUAUCACAUCGAAAGGCCAAGAAGGGAUCGAUCUCUAUAUGCUUAACCUGGACUGCGAAGGAAUCAUGCAAAGAAUCACCCUGAUAGACACGCCAGGGUUUGGAGAAACCUUUGACGAUACAGAGAUCCAGGAGACAAUCUGUAACUUUAUCAAAGCUCAGCUAGACAUGUUCAUAACAGAGGAAUCCAAGAUCCGGAGAAAUCCCAAGUACGAAGACACAAGAGUCCAUUGCCUCCUGUAUUUCAUACCUUCAACAUCUUUUGGGCUUAAGAACAGAGACAUUGUGUUUCUGAAGAAGAUCUCGGGGUUGGUUAACAUUAUCCCUGUGAUCAGUAAAGCCGACGGGCUGAGUAUUUCUGAGAGAAUUGAGAUCAAGAAGCAGGUCAUAAGACAGCUAAAAUACUACAAGAUCCCUACAUUUAACCUGGAUGAUCCCGAGCUCUAUUCCUCCCCGACAGCAGGAAAUGAUCUAAACAGCCUUGUUCCGUUUCUGAUCAUUUCUGCAGAUGGAGAAAACCUCGACUCACGGGCUAGAAACUAUCAGUGGGGAAAGGUGAGUAUAGACAACCCGGAGCAUUGCGACCUUCCUGCAUUGAGGGAGCUGCUUCUCAGUACCCAUAUCUAUGGACUCAUUGAUCACACUGCAGGAGAAAUAUAUGAAAGCUACAGGGCUGCAGUAUUGGAAAGUGGAAUGAAAAAGUAA